AUGCAGACCCUGUUCUUGACCAUCAUGUUCAGCCUGAUCACCACUCUGCAGGCCCAGGACCCCCUGUCCUUUGCCCAGGAGGAACAGAACAUCACAGGGACCUGGUACGUGAAGGCCAUGGUGGCAAGUAAGAACCUGCCUUUGGAAAAGAGGCCCAAGAAGGUGUCUCCUCUGACAUUUACUGCCCUCAAGGGUGGGAGCCUGGAGAUCUCAUUCACUUUCCUAAAGAAGGAUCAGUGCCAUGAGAACAGAAUCGUGAUGGAGAGUGUGGGGGAGCCUGGUAAAUACAGUGCCGAAGGGGACAAGAAGCACAUCUACCUCCAGGAGCUGCCAGUGAAGGACCACUACAUCAUUUUAGGUGAAUGUCAGCAUGACGGGAGAACCUUACGCGUGGGAAAGCUGUUGGGCAGAAGCCUGGAUGUGAACGCAGAAGCCCUGGAAGAAUUUAGGAAAUUCACUCAGCAAAAAGGGUUCCAGCAAGAAAACAUCACCACCCCAGCCCAGAUGGAGAACUGCACUCCUGAAACUGAAUAG